AUUUUUAUCCUCGAAAAUCCUCGAAAAUUCGCGUGGAAUGUGAAAUACUUCAUCUCCUCCCGCUCCAGGAUUCAUCCACCAUCAUCUCUUUUGCAUACUUCGCUCCUCGCGAAAUAUAUUUUCCUGAUUUCAUCAUCCGCAAAAUGUGCCAAACUCGAUCCUGCCAUCUGUUUGGAAUUACAAAAGAUCAUCGAGACGAUCACCGCACCUGGAAAAGGAUUAUUAGCCUGCGACGAGACACCGGCGAGUCUGGAACAAAGAUUCCAAGAGCUCGGUAUAGAAAACACCGAAGUUACGAGAUGUGCUUAUCGAGAGAUGCUGUUUUCUGCGGAUAAGUCUCAACUCUCGCGAUAUAUAAGCGGCGUGAUUCUGCAUCACGAAACAAUCUAUCAGAAAACGUCGAAAGAUAUAGAAUUUGUCGAGUUUUUACGUCAAAGGAACAUUGUAGCCGGCAUCAAGGUCGAUCGAGGCCUGGUGCCGCUUCUAGGUACCGAGGACGAGAAAACUACACAAGGUUUGGAUGACCUACGGGAAAAUUGUAUUCGCUACAAAAAAGAUGGCUGCCAUUUUGCCAAGUGGAGAUGCGUCUUUUCAAUUUCGGAACGAUGUCCUAGUCAAUUGGCGAUGAACACCAAUGCAAACGUUCUUGCGAGAUUUGCCAACAUUUGCCAGAGCGCGCGAAUGGUUCCCAUAGUGGAACCGGAAAUAUUGAGCAAUGGCGAAUAUGAUAUAAAUCAAGCCCUGCGAGUUCACGAAGAGAUGUUGUCCACUUUAUUUCAUACAUUAAACGAACAUCAUGUAUAUCUCGAAGGGAUGAUUUUGAAGCCAUCAAUGGUGUGGUCGGGAAUUCAAAAACCCACAAGAUGCACAUCGCAGAUCGUUGCUGAGUAUACAUUAAAAGCAUUACGAAGAACAGUUCCUGCAGCAAUUCCGGCAAUUUUUUUUCUGAGCGGUGGUCAAAGUGACGAAGAAUCUGUGCUAAAUCUUAACGCAAUUAACAUGCAUGAUGAUAAGAAACCGUGGAGACUCAGUUUCUGUUACGGACGUGCUCUGCAGAAUUCAGCAAUGAAAAUUUGGAAAAACAACCCGGAGAAUAUAAAUCAGGCUCAAACCGUCUUCCUUGCAAGAGCCAAAUUAUGCUCCGAAGCGUCUUUAGGAGAGUUACAAUUUGGGGAGAACGACAGGCUCAUUCAAAAUAUCAAUGAUAUCUUUUGAUCAAUGAUGCAAUGAGAAUAAAAGUCCGAAGAAAUCGUAUCACUUAGAGUUCACUGGCACAUUAUAAGAAUGCAAAGCGACAAGAAUCUGUCAACCUCAUUUUGUCAAUGGAUAUUUAUCACUCAUGAUAGGACACUUUGACGAAUAUAAAAAGGGAGACAUGUUCCGACGAUAUUAACACACGCAUCACACGAUACUAAUGGAUACAUCAAUCUUUAAUAAUGUUUGGAAAAUGUGCUCGUCAAUUUCGGUGAAUGUCGAGCAAGGUGCCCUUGAGUGACCUUUAAAGCAGCGGUUCUCAGCGCAAAGCUCUUGUACUUGGACUUGUCUGUCUAUGUACUAG